AUGGCGCAGACUGAGCAACUCGCCGGUCAAAUGGGCUUCCUGACGGACGCCGCCCACUUGCUGGCCCGCUCAGCCCCAGAAACAUCUGCGUACCUGCUGUUACAACGAAACGCUGUGCUUUUGAGCCACGACGUGAUACUGUCCGACGCUCAAAAGGAGCACGUGUGCGGUGGCUGCGGUCACAUAAUGAUCCCUGGACAUGGUGACUUUCUGAGAAUCGACGCUGAGAAGGCCGUGCUGCGACGCAGGAGAGGCAGUAGACUGAACCCAGGCCAGCAGCAGAAAGAGCUGAAGCAGGGACGUAAGGAGCGUCAGGCGGGCCCAGCCAAAGUUUACACAUGCGGCAUGUGUCAUAGGUACACCAAGCUCGGGCUCUCAACGCCGGAACCCAUCAGGCGGCGAAGGAAGCGACCGACAGUCGAGGUCCAGGGGCAGUCGCCUGCGGCGGCUAAGGCGGGCGUGGAUAAGACGAGAGAGCAAACACCGAUUGUCGCGCCCUCUGCCAAUGCGAGCAGCAAAAAGCGCGCAAAGAACCGAAAGGCGGGCCUGCAGGCACUGCUGAGCCAAAAGCAGAACGAAACGGCGAACAAGUCAGGUCUUAGUCUUGCUGAUUUCCUAAGCAAGUGA